AUGUCUGAGAGUGAUAAAGAAUUGUUCGUGCGGUCUAAACACAUUGAUAUUAAUAAAGAUGAUGAUGUUUGGGACGACUCUGUGUUAAUUAAGGCUUAUGACCGCGCGAUUAGUUUGGCGAAAGAAGAAGUUGCCAAAGGAUUGAGCAAUGAAACUAAUACUUAUCAGAAAAAAAUUGCUGGGUCAAAUAAAUGGACCGUUGGAUCUCAAUGUCGAGCGAUUUAUUCUGUUGACGGACAACUCUAUGAGGCUACUAUUUUGAAAAUUUUUAAGGACGGGAAAACUUGCUUGGUUAAAUUUUUAGGUUAUGGCAAUACCGAAAAAGUAGAACUUUCUUCUCUCUAUGAAUCUGAAGGCGUAUCCAUGUAUGAAUCGGGAGGCAUGGAAGCUCAGAAAAAUUAUGAUCAAAUGUCUACUUCAGACUCUGCGUCUUGCUCGAAUAUUAGGUACUCAGAAUCUAAUUAUGAGCAGGGAAGAAAUCGGUUCAAGGAAGAAAGGAUGACAUUCGAAACAGCGGACCAUCAUCAGCAGCCGAAUUUUCCGAGCUCGAGUAUGUCUUUCGAGGGGAUUCCACCUCCGCCGCCGAUUCCUUCGCAACUGAUGGACCGGCUUCCUAAAAAUGAGACGGAUGCGCUUUCUAGCAUGCUCAUGUCUUGGUACAUCAGCGGUUUCCAUACUGGAUACUACCAUGGCAUCAAGCAAGCUCAAAAAUCGAAGAAAAAUGAUGGAUGA